GCUGGACACUCCCUUGGCGCUGGACACUCCCUUGGCGCUGGACACUCCCUUGGCGCUGGACACUCCCUUGGCGCAGGACACCCUGGAACAGAUGAAGACCAUCUACUCCAGCUUCCUGACCAACACCUAUUGGUCGCCCCUGAACUUUAACCCCACCCCAACGCCAACUCAGACACUGACACCUGUGGAGAAGCCACCGCGGACUAGCAGCUCUAGCAGCAGCAGUAGCAGCAGCAGUAGUUAUGACUGGCACCAGUCCGCAGUGGCUAAGUCCCUGCAGCAGCAGGCCUCUCAGAGCCGCCACCACCAUCAUCCCUCAGAGCCCAGUCUCUUCAGCACAGUGCAGCUCCACAGACAGAACCCCAGACUGUACGGCAACAUCUUCACCGGGGCCAGCAAGUUCCGCUGCAAGGGCUGCAGUGCCGCCUACGACACCCUGGUGGAGCUCACCGUGCACAUGAACGACACGGGCCAUUACCGCGAUGACAACCAUGAGAGGGGAGCCAACGGGGCAAAGGGGCACUGGUCCAAGCCUCGCAAGCGCUCCCUUCUGGAGAUGGAAGGCAAGGAGGAUGCCGCGAAGGUGCUGAAGUGCAUGUACUGUGGCCACUCCUUCGAGUCCCUGCAGGACCUGAGCGUCCACAUGAUCAAGACCAAACACUACCAGAAAGUGCCUCUGAAGGAGCCACUGGCCCCUGUGGCAGCCAAAAUGAUCUCAAGGAAGAGAGGCCCACUCUCUGGGAGCCUGGACCUCCCUAGCUCCCCAAGCUCAAGAGAGGUGACCCCCAAACCCAAAGCCUCCCUGAGUGGUGACCCCUCCCACAAGGUCUCCAACCCCUAUAUCACCCCCAGCAACCGCUUCGGCCACCAGAACGGCGCCAGCUAUGCGUGGCAGUUCGAAUCGCGCAAGUCCCAGAUCCUCAAGUGCAUGGAGUGCGGGAGUUCCCACAAUACCCUGCAGGAGCUGACCGCCCACAUGAUGGUGACGGGUCACUUCCUCCGGGUCACCAAUGGCAACCCCCCCAGCAAGAGAGGAGGCAGGCCCGUCCCAGAGGCCGCCUCCCCCAGCUCUGUACAGGCCACACACCCCACACAGGAGGGGGUUCAGUCAAUCCCAUUGGCUCCUACAUUCUCCCCCCCUCCACCCUCUGCCGUUUCACCCCUGGCCAUCUCCCCUCCUCUCAAAGACAUUAAGAAAGAGGAGACGGAGGACGAGUGUACCAAGGACAUGGUCAGCCAUGACAAAGUUUCGAAUGGGGACGAGGAUGAGGAGCUGGAGGAGAAGUUUCACAACUCCACCAAGUAUAACUAUCUGACCGAGGAGGACCUGAAGGAGAGCCCCAAGGGCGGCUUCGACAUUCUCAAGUCCCUGGAGAACACGGUGACUUCGGCCAUCAACAAAGCCCAGAGUGGCAACCCCAGCUGCGGGGGAUACCCCAGUAUCCACGCUGCAUAUCAGUUCCCCAACUCCCUGAAGCUGCCCCAGGGUAGUGCUGAGAAGAGCUCCCCUCUCAAGUACCUAUUCACUGGAGGAGAGGGGGUGCUCUCUUCCCUCAGCAAGAGGCAGCCCCUGAUCUCCCCACCGGCUAGUCAGAGCUACCCACUCAACCACCUCAACAACUUCCAGGCCAUGGAGGAGCUGGUUAAGAAGGUGACUGAGAAAGUGGCCAAAGUGGAGCGGAGGGUGAAGAGAGAGGUGUCCCCCAAGAGAGAGGUGUCCCCCAAGAGAGAGGUGUCCCCCAAGAGAGAGGUGUCCCCCAAGAGAGAGGUGCACCGGCCCCCCUGUAGCAGUGACGCCGCAGAGUCCACCGGAGCAGAGUCCCUGCUUCGAGAGUGGAGGGCGGUGACUCCGGCUAACAGCGACAGUAGCCAUAGCGACAGGGCCUCGCCAUCUGCGAGAGCGAGCAGGAGAAAAACGGUUCCAUUGCCUGCCUCUGCUCUGAGCUGCAGCACAGCCUUCAUAACAGGCCACGCCCCUCUGGAGCAGCCCUUCGUUAACCCUUUAAGUGCUCUUCAAUCUGUGAUGAAUGUCCACCUGGGGAAGGCAGCCAAGCCCACCCUGCCCAGCCAGGACCCUCUCAGUCUGCUGUCCAGGCUGAGCCAGAGUAUGGCCGAGAGGGCUGCCGUGGCCUCCUCCCCCACGCACACCAAGAGACACCCAGAGCCUGUGGCUUGUCGGGGCAUCUGUCAGUCCAGUGAUGACCAGCCCAUGGACCUGACAAAAGGGAAGCGUGAUCGAGGGGGCUCUAUGGGCUCUGACCCUCUGACUCCCUCAUCCACAGCCUCCUCCGUCUCCCCUUCCUCAAUGGUGACCCCUGCUAAGAUGACAGUGGUCUCUCCCUUCACAUCCAGCAGCCCGUUACAUGAAAAUGCUCUGUCGGACAUCUCCGACAUGCUGAGGAACCUGACGCAAUCAGCACACCACGUCUCCAAGCCCCCCUCCAGGACGCGGGUCACAGAUGUAGUGGGCUCCACCACCCAAGAGGAGGCUGAGGGGUCCAUGGCCAAUAAGAGGAAGGGCCGUCAGUCCAACUGGAACCCCCAGCACCUGCUUCUCCUACAGGCCCAGUUCUCUUCCAGCCUCAAGCCGACAUCCGAGGGCAAGUACAUCAUGUCCGACCUGAGCCCCCAGGAGAGGAUGCACGUGUCCCGCUUCACGGGCCUCUCCAUGACCACCAUCAGCCACUGGCUGGCCAACGUCAAGUACCAGCUGAGGAGAACCGGCAGGACGAAGUUCCUCAAGAACCUGGACUCAGGCCAGCCGGUGUUCUUCUGCAGCGAGUGCGCUUCACAGAUCCGGACCCCCGCUGCCUACAUUUGCCACCUGGAGGCCCACCUGGGCUUCAGACUGAAGGACCUGGCCAAGCUCUCCCCCAAACAGACCCUGAGGGACUCCUCGAAAGUUGGGUCUGAUGAACUGCCCCUCCUGGACCCUUUCCUCUUCUCUUCUGCACCCUCUUCUCAGUCACAGGAGGAGGGCAGUGGGACUGUGUACCGGUGCCAGCUGUGUAUCCGUAAGUUUGCCAGUAAGCAUGCCAUCAAGCUCCACCUCAGCAAGAGCCAUGGGAAGUCCCCAGAGGACCAUCUCCUGUAUGUCUCUGGGAUGGGGAAACACUAGAAUUAGAAUUGACAUUUCAUUAUAGAAACACUUGAGUGCUCCCAGCAUUGGACAUACUGGAAUAUAAGCUGUUAAAAAAAGAGCGAACUUAAAAAGAAACUUAAAAGAAAACAGUUGAAGGUGUGACAAAAGUAACUACUGUUAAGUGUCAGCACAAGGUGUUUACAUUCAUGGCCUAUGCUUGUCUGUAUUUUUCUCCAUUUCAAAAUAUGUUAAUUUCACAUGUUGAAGAUCUAGAUCAUGAAU